AUGGCAUCCCAGGGGCGAGUGGCGCUCCAGGGCUGUGACCCAGGCCCCGUCUUCGGCGAGAUCGCUCCUGAGAUUAUCGAGGACUCGCUGAUCCAUUUGGCCACGGAAAACGAGCAGUACCUGAGUGACCUGUCAGAUCAGGCCGGGUGCUUCAAAGAGGCCCGCAUAGUGGAGUUUAUAUUCCUUCUGUCUGAAAAAUGGCACUUGGACCAACCGGCAAGGUACCAAGCGGUAGAGUUACUUGAAAGGUUUAUGAUCAAGCAAGUAGAACAGCUCUCCAAGUCCUCCAGAGAGAACGCUAAAAGCCGUGAACAAGGACAAGGCAGCAGCCGGAGCUCUCUGAAAGACGAGAUAUACAACACGUUUGUCCUGCGACUUGUGUCGUGCGUUCAGCUUGUGAGCAAACUCUCCCUGCACUAUAACAUAGUGAACAGCGACAUAGCUCUACGGUUUCUGCAGUCCUUAAAAUACUCGUACACUAAGCAGGAAUUGCUGGAGUCGGAGCUUGCUGUUCUAAACACUCUGCACUUCGAGGUCAACGUGUCAACUCCUUUGGCUUACGUGGAAUUGCUGCUGGAGGUCUUAGGACACAACGGCUGCCUGCUGCCUGCGGAACCGUUGCAUCAGGUGUGCGUGCAACUGCUGGACUUCACCUACCUUACGAGAGAUGCCGUCUACGACACUUUGUUGAGGAUGGCCGUGGAGAACUCGACACCGAGCAAACUGCAGGUAGCCAAGUUUUUGACGGUAAAGGAAGAUUUCAUGCUCCUGGCUGUUGGAGUCAUCAGCACAAGUGUGUUCAUACUCGAACCUGGGCGCUGGAAUCAGGUUGUGGAGCAUCUAAACUGCAUCACGGGCAUCACUUCACGAAGCAUCGUAGAAUUUUCUUACGUGGUACUGAAACAUGUCAUCGGCAGCACCGCACCAGGCCAGCACGACGGUGGAACAGCUUCCGAGAACAGGGUGAUGCUGUGA